AUGAAUGACGAACGAUUCCUAAACAAGUCUUUAUUGCGAGCUCGUAUUGUUAUGUUGCUCCAAGGCAAAUGUGCCCUGGUCGUAGGGCUCAUGAAUAAACACUCACUAGCUGCUGGUGUGACUCAAGCGUUACUUUCUAGCGGUGCAAGUGUUGUUGUAUCGUCUAAGACUCCAAUGAGCAAAAGUCAAGUCGAACGUUGCGCUUUUAAGAUCCCGAAACCGUCUGAAGUAACAACUUCCUUGUUACACUUUGAACCGUGCGACGUCGAGAGCGAUGCGAGUAUUGAACAAUUGAUACAACGAUGUGGAGAAGUAUUUGACGGAGAGCUGGACAUUCUCGUGCAUUCAGUCGCAUUUGCCCCGCGUGAAGCUUUUACGCAUGGAUUAUUGGAUUCCUCGAGAGCUGCGUGGAUACAGGCAAUGAAUGUCAGUGCAUACAGUUUAGUGGCAUUGACGAAGGCAGCUAAGCCAUUGAUGAUGACGAUGGCAAAUGGUGGAAAGGGAGGAGAAAAGAGACGAGAUCGUAGCGUAUUAGCACUGACGUAUGCUGGAUCGACAAAGGUUGUGCCUAAUUACAAUGUGAUGGGUCCAGCAAAGGCGGCGUUAGAGGCGACGGCAAGGCAGCUUGCGUACGAGCUUGGACCGGAAGGUAUCCGUGUGAACUGUAUAAGCCCUGGACCAAUGAACACAGUGUCGGCCCGCGGUAUUCCUGGCAUCUCAAAAAUGAAAAAAUAUGCUGAAUCUCACGCCCCUCUGCGUCGAAACAGCUCAAGUAUGGACGUUGGAUCUGUUGCAGUUUUCUUGUCAAGUGACUUAGCCGCGUCCGUAACGGGGCAAACUAUCUAUGUCGAUGGUGGUCUGAGCGCCAUGGCUCCGUAUGCGAGAGAAGACUUGUAA